CUUUGAAGCUGAGCUAUUUUCUGGGCUGGUUUUGCUGUACAUUUUGCCUGGUGAAUCUGCAGUGCCUGCCUCGGCUCUGAUCCCCUUUGCUCUCCCCCGGCAUCCUAGACAGGGAGAUGGGCGGAGGAAUCUGCUGGAGCUCCUAGGACUUUGCAGCGGCACUGCACCUUCUUCUUCUCCCACCACCAGCUGCCUGCGUUACCGCUGAGGACCUUCCCUUGCCAGGCAGUACAAUCCCAGGGAAUAUCCUGCUCUGUACAACCAGGAGUUCAUCAUGCUCUAUGUGACAUCAAUGCUUGGAUACCUGCUGAUGCACUUGUUUGUCAUCUGUUUACAAGCUCAGGUAACUGUUCAGUCCCCACCUAAUUUUACACAGCAUGUGAGGGAGCAGAGCCUGGUGACAGAUCAGCUGAGCAGAAGGCUCAUCAGGACCUACCAGUUAUACAGCCGCACCAGUGGGAAGCAUGUGCAAGUGCUGGACAACAAGAAAAUCAACGCAAUGGCCGAGGACGGGGAUCCACAUGCCAAAUUGAUUGUGGAAACAGACACGUUCGGAAGCAGAGUCCGUAUUAAAGGAGCCGAGACGGGUUAUUACAUCUGCAUGAACAAGAAGGGAAAGUUGGUUGGCAAGACAAAUGGAAGAGGAAAAGAUUGCGUCUUCAGCGAAAUUGUCUUGGAAAACAACUACACAGCAUUGCAAAAUGCCAAGUACGAAGGGUGGUAUAUGGCCUUUACCCGGAGAGGACGACCAAGAAAAGGAUCGAAGACAAGACAGCACCAACGGGAGGUUCACUUUAUGAAGAGGAUGCCAAAGGGUCACCACACCACUGAACCUCAUAAACGUUUUGAAUUUAUUAAUUACCCUUUUAAUCGGAGGAGUAAAAGAACUCGAUAUUCAAGUUCUCGGUAGGAACUGGAUCAAAGUCCAUUCCGCAUU